CAAGUUUUCUAUUUUUUAGUUCCCCGGUCGUUUACUAACAAAGGCUUCAAAAUAAAUAUGUUGAACUAAAUUGAAAUCUGUUGAAUUCUAAAUAUUUAAACUUAACAAGAAAGCUACUAAAUCGAUGGUUAAUUAUAUGAUUAUUAUCCUCUGCGACAAUAUAUAUUUCUAAUCAACUCUAUAGUUAAUGUGGCAUCGUUGUAAAAGCUAAGGUGCCCAGAUUAUUUGAAUGAUAACAAAUCGUAAACGUCAAGAUAUUGAGAACUUGAUAAUUUCGAAUUGUUGUUUGUUGUUAGCGAGUGGACAGAGCAGUUCGACGGUUUGUUUUGCUGAUUUAUUUGUCGGUGUACGCAGCUGUCAUUUAUAUAACUUAUUUGCGCAAGCAUCCAUACGUGUCUCAAAAGUGGUAGCGGUUAGUAUUCAACAAAUACCUUCGUAAAUAAAAACAUCAGGAUGGCCCAACGUGCACCUAACAAAAAUCUUGUUGUUCAAUUGAUGAACCAAUUGAAGAGUAAGGAGUUCCGCCAAUACCUAAUGAGCACACACUUCUGGGGACCCGUAGCUAAUUGGGGUAUUCCACUAGCAGCAAUUGCAGAUUUCAAGAAAGAACCAAAAUUUAUUUCAGGAAAAAUGACACUUGCUCUCACACUUUAUUCUUGCGUAUUUAUGAGAUUUGCAUGGAAGGUACAACCAAGGAAUAUGCUCCUAUUCGCUUGCCAUUUAACAAACGCCACUGCCCAAACAAUACAAGGAAUACGUUUUAUCAAAUAUGAAUUUUUAGAGAAGAAUACGGCGUAAGAUAUAUUAUAUUGUAAUAUAUCUACGUAUUGGUGCUUUUCAUGAGCUGCUGUUAGAAUGUCAUGAAGUUAUAGUUCUACUAAUAUACAAAUGUACAAAAAUUAGCGUGAAUUGGAUGAGGCUAAGAAAAUCGGCUCAUGCACUUAAUAAAAAUUGAUGAAAUGAAUUAUUACAACAACAAACUAUAGCACAAUCAAAACUAAUAGGCACUACAUCACUUCAUGUAAAUAUUUAUUAAGCUAAUAAGCUAUAAAUAAGUAGCUAUGCAUAUAUUGCAUGUUUAUCUAAAAGACCUAAUUAAUAAAUUCAAUAUAAUUAGCAAUAUAUUCAUAGAACAAACAAAUAAUUUCAUGUCUUUUAUUGAAGCUUUAUGUAUAAUCUUUAACUAAAACAGGAUAAGCGAAGUUGGAAAUACUUAAACGAAAAUUUUUCGAAAAUGAUAUCAUAAGACAGUAAGUAGACUUGAAUUGCUGUACUCAAAUAAACGUUUUUUUGUCACUGUUUUCAAUGACUGAAAUUUUUUGUUGAUAACAAACUGUGAAGAGACCGCGAAAAUUAUCUCAUUUUUUGGUGAUUUAAGUUUUCCCUAGAUGACGGCCUGAGCAUGCGUUAAUACUUCUGUAGGUGAUGUAAGCGUGUGCAUAUAAUUAUCAGCACGCAAACUAAUUUUAUUUUACCAGUACUUAUCUACAAAUUGUCAUUUGGUUCUACGUAUGUAGCCUGAUUGGAAAUAAUUCCACCUAUAAUCAUAUGCUAGUAAAAAUAUAUAUACAAAGAUUUUGUAUAUAAAUUUGCGAAUUAGGGAAAAUAAUGUUUCCGAAAUGUUAUAUAAGUAUCAAUUUAUGAUUUUACCAUUUGGUUACUACAUGGUAUUGUAUAUUGUAAACAUAGUAAAAAAAAAAAUACAUAUUUACUGCACAUCCAAUAUUCAAAUGCGAAAUAGUGUAGAAUAUUUUUGCUUUCCCUUGCAAAUCUAUAGCUAACCGCCAAUGAAAUGUUUUACUUUCAUUAAAAGUUAUUGCAUGCGUAGAAUGCACCAGCUCGCUUGCAAUGCCAGUGUUUACAAAUAACAUCUUCACUUUUGUUUUAAAAAUAUUGUAACAUCGAAAUUUAGUGCUUUGCAGCUUAAUUUCUUAUAUUUUUAAUGUACUUAACUUCAACAAGUGAUUCUUAAUCUUUUAAAAUUCAUUUGUAUUUGUAGCGUCAACCGACAGUUCCGAGAACGCAAGCAAAGAAAAUAUCGAUAGAAUAUCAAACUACAACGUAUCGAAAGUUAUUAUCGAAAUUGUAAUAUGACAUAAAUAGACGUACUGAAAAUCUAUUUACCUAAAUUGAAAAUUUUAAUAUGCUUAAUGAUUCCAAAUGCUAUUUCUAAGUAGAGGAAGACGAUUUUUUAUAAAACUUUAAGCAAAUAUACCCACUUUUGAAUAGUAUCGAUAAUUUUAAAAACUUGCAACUAAUCCUCUUAUUAACAUUUUGUUUGUUAAUUAUUAUAUUUAAAAAAUUAUGUUUCGGUUCUGUUAUGUUUCAGGGAGUAUAAGUGACUUACCAGUACGCAUCAUUUAAAAUAAAUAACAAGAAUAUUUUGUUUUAACUAUA